AUGUCGGCCACUGCAGCUUGUCCAGACCCGUUUAAACCUGCACAGCGUGUUGCAGGGCAGCGACAGGAUGUUUGGUCCAUUGUUAAUGAAGCUGCUGCAGCUUCCCCUAAGCAGCCUAUUGUGAACAUGGGUCAGGGUUUCUUUGGUUACAACCCCCCGCAGUUUGCCCUAGAUGCCGCGAAGGCUGCCCUCGACCGUGUUGACUGCAACCAAUACUCGCCGACGAAGGGCCGCCCACGCCUCAAGAAUGCUCUUGCCGACGCAUACUCGCCGUUCUUUGGUCGCCAGCUGAACCCGGACACCGAAGUCACAAUCACUACCGGCGCGAACGAGGGAAUGCUGAGCGCUUUCAUGGGCUUCAUUGAGCAAGGAGAUGAGGUCAUCAUUUUUGAACCCUUUUUUGAUCAGUACAUCAGCAACAUCGAAAUGCCUGGUGGUACUAUCCGCUACGUCCCUCUACAACCUCCAAAGGAUGGCGCUAUCAAGACAUUGCCUGCGUCCGAAUGGAGCAUCGACUUUGAUGCGCUGGAGAAGACGAUAAACUCCAAGACUAAGAUGAUCGUCCUGAACUCACCUCACAACCCUGUUGGAAAAGUCUUCUCGCGCGAUGAGCUCGAGCGCAUUGGUGAUCUCGCCGUGAAGCACAACCUCAUUAUCCUCUCCGACGAAGUCUAUGACCGUCUCUACUAUGUCCCGUUCACCAGAAUCGCCACCAUGAAGCCGGAAUACUGGGAGCGCACACUAACCGUUGGCUCAGCUGGAAAGGCUUUCUACGCCACCGGCUGGCGUGUUGGCUACCUGAUCGGGCCCGAGCACCUGAUCAAGUACGUUGCCGGCGCACACACCCGCAUCUGCUACAGCAGCGUGUCUCCUCUGCAAGAGGCAGCAGCCGUUGCUUUUGAAGAGGCCGACAAGCAGGGUUUCUGGGAUCAGAGCCGAGAGGAGAUGAAGGGAAAGAUGGAGCGGUUCUGCCAAGUCUUUGAUGAGCUUAACAUUCCUUACUCCGACCCCGAAGGUGGCUACUUCGUGCUCGCCAACAUGGCCUCCGUCAAACUCCCAGAGGACUACCCCUUCCCUCCCCACGUCGCGAGCCGGCCCCGUGACUUCAAGCUCUGCUGGUUUCUCAUCCACGAAGUCGGCGUGGCUGCUAUUCCCCCCACAGAAUUCUACACCGAUGCCAACUCCCAUAUUGCAGAGGACUACCUCCGCUUUGCCGUGUGCAAGGAGGAUAACAUUCUCGAGACAGCAAAGGAACGACUCCGCGGGCUGAAGAAGUACAUCGUGCGGUAA